AUGUCGACGGCCCUUCCCUCGACACCGCGGGCGCCAGGCCGCCGGGCGAAGAGCUCCGCAUUGAGCUCCAAUGGCGAUGAGCUAGCUGGCGAGGAAGUGCUGGAGCUUAGCCUAUUCGCCGAGAAGAAGGUGUGGAUCGAGGAGAAGAUUCAGUUCCUCUCCUCCCUCCCGCAUGUCGAGGUCACGACUCCCGAACCUCCAGCGCGUUCUCCAGUCUCCAACGAGGAACUUGAAGCUUGGUGGGCGGAGCAUGACCGCAUUGAGCGCGAGAUCCAGGCGUACGACAUGGGAGACCUCGUCAAAAUGCGCAACAUUGCUCGAGAGCGGAGCAAGCAGGAGCUCUCCCCUCGUGACACCGACCUUAUCGAGCUUACCCUUACAACCCUCUUCGCCGUCGACAAGCUUCUCUCACUCCUGCGCCAGCGCCGAAAAGCGCUCACUCUGCUUGGUUACCGCCUGAAGUGGGAAGAAGCGACUGCGUCGGCGUGGACGUCUCGCCGGCGCCUUCUCGCCGACCUGCCGACCUUUGUCGCCAAAGCUCGAUGGUCCCCGACCUCCGCGAACGAAUCAACUCUGGCGCACAGCGCGUCAGGCCUUCUUGCACCCAAGUCGGACCUGACCCGCUCGUCCAGCUCGACAAUGCUCGCUUUCUCGUCAUCUUCACGCGACUUGACGACUCUUAGCUCGUCGACGUCUUCUUCGACACUACGUGCAUCAACCGCGACCGCGAAUCUCCUCUCCCUUUCCCUGUCGACCUUGACGACCCAGUCGCGCACCCUUUCCGCCUCGGCAGUCCCGCUGUCCGCCUCUUUCCUCGACAAGCUCAUCGACUCGUCCACUUCCCCGCUUCCCGAAUCGUUUCUCGACGAGCAAGACCGUCUCGAGGACUCGGUCAAAGCGAUCAGCGAGGGUUUGCACCAGUUCGCCGAGCAGCUCGUCUCGCAGCGGUCUGCGGCCGAUCACCUCUUCCGCCGACUCGGCGCCAUCACCGCUAGCGCACGAACGCUCGAGGCGGAUGUACUCGCUGCCCAAGCCGAACUACCGUCCUUCACGACAACGGCCGACUUUGCUCCUUGCCUUGUCGAUCUCGAGCGCGAACUCGACGACAUCCGAGCAGAUCUUCACGACCUCCCGCGACCACUGCACCCGUCUGCGCCUGAUCAGUCCGCUCACAACGGCGAGCUCGUCGCCUUUCUCCAGCAGCAUCUCAGGGAUGCGAAGGAGGCGACGCGUUCGGCAGAAACAGCGACCACCCAAUACACAGCGGAUCGAAGCGCUGUCGAGUCGGCACGAGCUGUCCGAACGACGCUUGAUCAGCUUGGCGACGAGCUGGCGACAUUCCAGCGGGACGUCCAAGCUAUCGGGGGGCGACCGGCGAGGCUGGCGGAUGGCUUGGCUGUUCUUGACGCCAGCGAAACCGGUGCUGAGUUCGAGCAGGGGUGGGACAGGCUGGCGAUGCAAGUAGCGGCCGCGCUCGAGCAGACGGAGACGGUACAGAAAGACGCCGCAAGAUGCGUCGUCGAGCUUGCGGAUCGCAAGAUCUGCGCGGCGCUGCGAAAGGAGGUCAAGGACGCGGCCGCGAACCUUCGUGCCCAGCGACUCGGCGUUAUUGAGCAGCUAGACGCCGAGACGAAGCGGAGGGACGAUGUAUCGACUCUGCGGGCGGCGUGCAGGACGAUUGAUGGCGCUGAGCGGCAGAUUGGGGAGGUUGAGCAGAACUUGCUCGAGUUCGUCGAGACGACCAAAUGGCGCGAGGGCCGGAUGGCGCCGAUCGAGGCGGACGACGCCGCCUCCGUCGUCACCAUGGUGCGAACCGAAGUCAACGACCUGUUCUCGACUAGCGUGUCGCCAGCCCUCGCCUUUCUGGACAGGUCGACUCUUGAUGCGCUGCGCCGUCAUCUCCACGAACGCUCCGCCAGCGUUAUCGGGCGCAUCAAUGCGCUCGACGAGCUCGCCUCGCAGGUGGACGGUCUUCGCCGGCAGUCGCGCAGCGUUCAAGCCUUCGUUGAGCGGGCCGAGGCUACGACGGCGGAACUGCGAGGGACAUUGCACGAGCUGGAUGCUGUUGUGGGUGGUCCAGCCGACGGACUUCCCGGCGACGAGGAAAUUGGUACCAUCCGCGCCCGGCUCGAAGUCUGCACAGCGGACGUCGAAGUUCUCGUUGUAAACGUCGCAACGUCCGUCCCUCUCCUGGCGCCCGCUUCUCCGCCGUCUUCGACAAACGGGUCUGCCGAUCUUCUUCACCUCGCCGAGCAGGACGACCACGUCCGAGCGUUCCUCAACAACUCAUGCCUACGGAUACUCGGCCUCGUCGACGAAGCACGACAGAGCGCCAACGUCCUCGCAGUCAUGCAAAAGGCGAGAACAUGGGACGGAGCCUGUCUCGAGGCGGAGCGCACGGUCGACGCGCUGGAGGAGGACGCUGAAGAUGCGCGAGAGGUCUCGGAGACGUCGACCUUGACCGAUGUCCUUCGUCCCGACCUCGACUGUCGCCGAACGACGCUACUCACGCUCGACCUUGCACCGCUCUCAGUCGCUCUCGACGAUCUCGUCGACGCGAGUCGCCGGUCCUCCGUCGACAUCGACCUGCAAACCUCGAGACGCGCUCGGCUUGAAGGUCUUCGGGAUCGCUCCGAGCGCCUUGCGCACAGCGCUCGCGAGACGCCUCGUCUGUCGCUCGGGUCACAACAGGUUCCAGCGAGAACGGACGAACCAGCGAACAAGCCUACAACGGCGCAGCAGGAUUCGACCGCCGCUACCCUCGCAUUCCCGGACGAAGACGUCGCCCUCGACCCAUUCGCAUUCGAGACACCUUCGGACGAGCCUGCAGCCUUCAGCGAGCUCCGCCGACGGAUUGAGCGAAUUGAGACAGCUGGUUGGCUAUCGCCGUCGACUCUCGUCCUGCCACCGGCAGCAGAAGCGGCAGUCAUGGAUGGCGAGCUGGCGACAUGCCGCAACGAGUUGGUCGCUCUCGCUGGAAAUUCCGACGAGACGCUCGUGUGGGCCGACCUGCCCUCAAUUGAGCGCUAUAUCGAGGACAAGGGCAAGGAGGUGAGACGAGUCGCAGCUCUCGCACGAUUUUCCGACUUCCUCGCGAAAGCCGACUCGACCUUGAGUGACCUCCUGAAUGCUGUCGAUGCCUCCACGCCCGACGCCCCGCCCGUCACGCCUGAUCCCGCGGCGUCGCCAGUCCUUCCGCUUUCCGACGCACUCGUUGCAGCCAGCGAGGCAGUCACGGCCGUUCGGGUCGAAGCGAUCCCUCUCGCUGAUGACGGACGAGUGGAGCGAGCAAUACGCCGUAUCGAGGACACGUGGAGCGAGAUGCUGGGUCUCGUCGAGGAGAUCCGCCCGCGCGCAGGCUCGGCGUCAUCAUCCACCUCUGCGGCGUCGGGAACCAAAGCUGCGCCACCUCCUGCGGCCCACAGAACGCCAUCGCGGCCAUCCUCUCAGGCCACUUCCAUUCAAUCCACUCGUUCGUCCGUCUCCCGCUCGACAUCUCGCACCUCGACAGCGUCGUCUCUGGUCAGCUCCUCGACCUCGAACGGUACUCCCGGUAAUGUUGCGCCGCAGACGCCUCGCCCUCGCCGACCGACUUCGGACGAACAGACUCCUCGUUUACGAAGAAGCAGCCGCCUCCCGGUUCGCACACCCCGCCAAGCGUUGUCGCCGCUUCCCCCGAACGCUUCGACCGUGCCUCAGCCCUUUUCGUUCGAUACGCCGGUCAAGCCUCGUCUCCGCCAGUCGACGCGAUCUGCGAGUCGGCGGGACAGCUCGGCUGCCAGUCUUGACAAGGCUCCCGUCACUCCAAGGACCGAUCGCAGGGUCUCGUCAGCGUCGUCCUCGCAAGGCUCCGUCAGGCGCCCUAACCUUUUCAGCAGCGUUGCGGUCGAGCGGCCUCGAACGGAGAAGCCAUCAGUUCGAAGCGUUUCAACUCCUGUCGUCCGCACCCUUCGCCAGACUCCGCCACGGUCAACGCAGCCGUAUCGCCCGAACGUCUACAACAAACUUGAUCGCGAAGUUGCGAACGUGGUCAACUCGCUGCCCAACUUGCACGUUCCGAUCGAGGUUGCGGAAGGUCGCUGGACGGACGAAAGCGGUGUCUACAAUAUCGGCGGCCGGCUGUACUUCUGCCGCAUCCUGCGCAGUAAGCAGGUGAUGGUGCGUGUCGGCGGCGGUUGGCUCGACCUUGCGCAGUUCAUUAUCACCCAUUUCGGCGUUGCCAACGGCCUCACAAUCUCGCCUUCGACGUCUCUCUCGGCGAAUCUCGGCAGCGAGCCGCAAUGGAUCAGCUCGAGUGCAUUGCGCGAGUCGCUCUCAGCCUCGCCAUCCUCGAACUCGCUUCGCGACUACCUCGCGACGUCCGUCUCGAGCGUUGGCAAGACCGAUCUCGCGCAAUCAACCACAUCCAUGUCAGUCCGCCGAUCCUUCCCCCUGCGACCGCGCAACAGCUUCGCGUCUUCGUCACGAGGUGGAACGACUACAGCUCCGGCGUCAGCCACCGCCACACCUCGUGCGAACAGGACGCCCCGCCCUCCCUUGCCCGUCUGGCGGCCUUAG